UUUAUUUUUUCCGAUUGGAAAUCGCAUGGAGACUAGAGUACAGGACGCCGAACGUAUACGGAAAAAUGCCGAAUUAUUGGUUCAAGAAUCGCGUACCGUUCGAAUAGCUGAUAGGCUACAGCGAUGGAAGCGAGAGCGACCGAACAUCCAAGAAGAGAGAAAGGAAGAGAACGAAAUCGCGAUGAGAAAAUUGAAAAUUUUGAGGAAGGCAACAGCGAGAUGUACGAGCUGCCAACGUGUCGAGAUUAUUUCAGGUAUGUCGGAACACUUCAACGAGGUUAAGAUAGAAACAUUCAUAGGAUUCUUUAGCUAUCAAUUGCCGAAUGUAAUCGUUGAUAUUUUUCAGUCUUAUUCUACACAGUGAAAGUGACAUCUGCCACAAAACGAUCACUAACAAUCAAGGACAAUGGAAUUAUCCCUCUGAAUGACGUAUGAUCAAAUGAUGAAACUGAUAGCACAGGGUCGACAUUGAUUCUUAUCUUCUGCAAUUCUUUAAAUGUCAAAAGUGAG